AUGCCGAUUAGUUUAAAAAGUGGCGCUACAGUUUUCAUAUCAGUACGCAGAGGUUUGGAGUCACACUUACUUAAGGAAAUCAAACGUAAUAUAUUUUUGAAUAAGAUUAACAGAAUACAUCAUAAGAGAACCCCUAUUGAAACCGUCGAUGAUCAGGACUUAAGAAUCUUAUCUAAAGAUCAAGAUUUCGAAUUUAAUACUGAGAUACUAAAUAAACAUGCACUUAAAGAAAAAGGAAGAUGGAUAUGCAAAUUUAACAACGAAAAGGCACAGGAAUCUUCCGAAAGUAGACAUUCUGUUACUACGAAGGAUAGAAUAACUAAAUUCACCGAGCGUAAGAGCGACCUUUGCGAUAUAAAUGUACAAUCCGGUGGAUUAGAGAUUAAAUGUACCUUUGAGUGGUUGAUAAAGAGUAUAUUAUUUAUUAAGUCUGCUGAAAGCAUUUGGUUACGUAUAGGACACCCAUUUAGGUCGAAUAACGAGGAACAGCUAACGAGGUUUAUUUCAGAGCUACCGUGGAACCUACAUAUUUCAGCGGAUUCUUUGUCUAGUGUUCCAUUGCGCAUAAUUUCGCGCAACUCAACACUCUGGUCUAGUUAUGUUAUUUCUCGUUGUGUUAGAAGUGGUCUGAAUCUAUCCUUUGAAAGGUAUAAGGAUUUACCUUUUAGCGAGACUAAAGCCACUAGUUUGGACUCUAGUUGCAUUUCAAUAACAUUAAAUAGGAACACAUGCUACGUGGCAAUUCAAUGUUCCGGUAGAUUAUCUCCAAGAUUAUUUAACUUCAGUACAGAAUUAAUAAAUAAUUUGAAUUCUAAAAGCUUUGAGAACUUUAUACCGUAUUGGUCUCUAUCAAAACUAAAAACCCAACUACGUUCAGAAAAUGGAGACUUUAUAAGUUCGAACAGCACCAAAGUAUUAAACACACACAUAGAGAAUAAACGUGAGCGUUUUAUUGAGAGCCAAAAGCUUAUUUCAAAUGAUCACUGUGAUACUACUGAUUCUCUUUACGGAGCAUUUUUACAGAACAGUGAUAUUUAUAAAGCAUUUAAUUCAAAGAUACAUACCAUUUGGGACCCAUUUUGUGGUAAUGGCGUAUUAAUUUGCGAAAUAAUUUCAUUACUGUUGUCUUUGCCAAAUUUUAAUCAAGAAACUUUCCCAAAUCUGAGGACGUUAGAACACAUACACGAUUACAAGUCAUUAAUUACAAAUUAUAUUGAUAUCAAUUCCAAGUUUAAAGUUGGAAUCAACAUCGUUGGAUCAGAUACAAGUCAUCUGAAACUUGUAGAGGCAAAUGACAAACUAACAAAGUUUUCUUAUUUUUAUUCCCGACAACUCAAGAGUGUAAUACAAUCUUGUAGGCCAUCUCCAUUUUUAGAAAUGCAAUCUUUAUAUGGCUCAUAUCACAAAAUUCCGUUCGUAACAUUGCAUCAUUCGUCUAUUGAGGACAUAUCAUCACAUAUGAGAAAUACAGUAAUUCUUACAAAAGUACCAUAUACUAAUCUAAAAGGUUCCAACCGUCUUUCUGCGGUUAGAUUAUACAAAAAAUUUGGACAAAUUGUUGGAUCUAGAUCCGAUUGGGUUGGUGUUUAUGCUAUAUCCCGAAGUCACAGUUUUGAAUAUUAUACUGGCCUCGAAUGGAAUACAUUAGCCAAAUGUACAAAUUCUAAAGGUGAUAUAAUCAAAUUGUUGAAGUGGAGUGGUAAAACUAGGUGGUUUAAAACACCUGAAGAGAAAAUUAACCAAUUGAAUAAAUUUGAUUUUUAG